AUGACAGAGAUCCGUCCACUCAAUGGCUAUGAAAUUCCUGUUUAUUAUGUGUGUCUGACUUUGAGUGACACGUUUAACAAAUUUGAUUACACACAAUUUAGAACUGACGUGGUGAAAGAGAUAAUCAAAUACACUCCUUUUCAUCUCACUAUAAAAACAAAAGACGGGCAUUUUUAUUGGUAUAAAUUAGACGACAAAUGGCUUAUAGAUAAUGUCGAUAUUUAUAUUACAAAAGUUCCAUUUGAAGAAACAAAAGAAAUUGAAGCGGCUGACUACAAUUUGCCACAAAAAGGUGUUCCACUGUUUCACGUUGAAUACUCAGAAAAUGGCGCAACAAGUCGUUUAAAGUUGUAUGCAAACCACUCACUAUGUGACGGGCGCACCAUUGCUAAUUUAUAUCAAGUCCUCAAGAACGCAAUUCCAAACGAAUUUCAUAAAGCCCUUCACGACGACGAACUUCCUCCAUUUGACUAUAAAAGUCUGUACACCAUCAAUGAAGAUGUUUUACACCAAAAUCCCGUCUCUUGGGAUAUCCCACACGUUCCAGUUGUUCCUCCAAUAACAAAGAAGUGUGACUACAUCAACAUCUUUGGCACUUUCGACUGUCAAAAAGUGCUUUCAUUCUGUCGAAGAUACAAAAUUGGAGUUCAGGCGAUAAUAAUGGCGUCACAAGAAAGAGCUACACGACGUUUUAUGAACAUAAACAAUGAAGUGCCUAUCAGCGUGUACGCACC